AUGUUUUGUCACGGAGUAACUGAAUUAUCGCAAAAUACUGUCGGAUGGAGAUAUAAGUGUACGUCUACUAAACAAUUAGAUGGACAGGUAGUUGUAAUAACCGGUGCCAACACCGGUAUCGGCAAAGAGACGGCCCGUGAUCUGGCAAAACGUGGAGCAAAAGUAAUAAUCGGAUGUCGAGAUGAAACAAGAGGUGAGGAUGCCAUCAAAGAUAUCCAAACAAAGAUCCCAAAGGCAGACAUAACGACAAUGAAACUGGAUUUGUCUUCACAAAAGUCUGUCCGCGAGUUUGCCCAACAAUUGGCCGAAAAAUAUCAGAGAAUUGAUAUACUCAUCAAUAAUGCCGGCGUUCAGCUGAAAGAUAGAAGUGAAACGAUUGAUGGAUUUGAAAUGACUUUCGGAACCAAUCAUUUAGGACAUUUUUUGCUAACAAUGCUUGUAUUGCCAUUACUACGAAAUUCACCGAAAGCACGGAUAGUUAACUUGACAUCAGUUGGUCAUAAUUACGGGGUAAUUGAUUUCAAUGAUAUUCAUACAUUAAACAAACCGUACGAUAUGUGGGAAGUCUAUGGUCAGAGCAAAUUGGCUAAUAUAUUGUUCACCCGUGAACUGGCCCGACGACUGGGGAACGACUCGUCGAUCAAUGUCUAUGCCGUACAUCCGGGAGGUGUGCGUACAGACAUUGCCCGAAAUCUAACGUUUCAAAUGAAAGUCUUUAUGAAUGUUUUGGGUCAAGUAAUUCUCAUAAGUGCUAAAUCGGGUGCUCAGACAUCACUGUACUGUGCCAUAGAUGAGGCCUUAGAUAACGAAACCGGAUAUUAUUAUGAAAAUUGUCACCGAAAUGAUAAAUUGGCCCCAAAGACAAAGGAUGACGAAACAGCCCAACGAUUGUGGGAAUUGAGCGCACAAUUAGUCAAACUUGAAGAUCAAUAUAAUUUGCCGAAAAAUCCUAAUUAUAUUUUUCAUUAA